GAUUUUUGUAUUUGCGCGUAGACAGAGAAACUAUAGCGUUUUUAAUUUUUGUUGAUUGACCUUUCGACAUAUUAAUUUAUGCUAUGCGGGUUCCCUGUAAUACUGUGUAUUGUCUGCUCGGCUCGAGUGCUGGCAUUGAAUCAUAAUGAUAUUCGAGUGAUUCUAGUUAUGGAUCUGUGACUGUUAAGCACGGCUGUUAAGAUAAUCGUGUCAUAAUUUUGUAAACAUGAUAAGAAUAUCCAAAGGCAUAGUAAAGUAAAUAACAAGAUUAUUAUAUAUUAUACUCGCAACUCGUCUAAUACUUUGGACUUUGAGCAUGGCUUCACGGAAGAGGGUAUUUGAUUUGUUACGGACUAUCAAUGUAGCAUCAUGUCAAUGUCCUGCCCAUGGGUACAGAGGUAAUAUUCAUGUGACAAAUGAUACACCGCUAAAAGACUAUGCAUUUGAAAUAAAAAAUUCUACAGUCAGAUAUGGCUUGGGUGUUACAAGGGAGGUGGGAAUGGACCUAGUAAAUUUUGGAGCUAAGAAUGUAUGUGUAAUGACAGAUUCAAAUCUGGUGUCAUUGAAUCCUGUGAAGGCAGUUCUGGAUUCCUUAACUAAGAAUGGAAUUAAUUAUCAAGUAUAUGAUAAAGUUCGUGUUGAACCAACUGAUACAAGCUUCAAAGAUGCAGUAGUGUUUGCCAAGAAUGGCAAUUUUGACAGUUUUGUUGCUGUAGGUGGGGGAUCCGUGAUGGAUACUUGCAAAGCAGCAAAUCUAUAUUACUGCGACCCAGAGGCAGAUUUUCUAGACUAUGUGAAUGCACCCAUUGGGAAAGGGAAACCUGUUUUUGUACAAUUGAAGCCUAUGAUUGCGAUACCGACCACAAGUGGAACAGGAAGCGAAACAACAGGCACUUGUAUAUUCGACUUUGAAGAGAUCCACGCCAAGACUGGCAUAUCUCAUACAGCAUUGCGGCCGCAUUUAGCUAUCAUAGAUCCGCUGCACACUCUCACGUUACCAGAGACUGUGGCUAAUUACUCCGGGUUCGAUGUGUUCUGCCAUGCCCUCGAAAGCUUCACUGCUAUCCCAUACAACGAAAGAGGUCCAGCGCCACCUAACCCUGCAUUGAGACCGACAUACCAGGGAAGCAAUCCUAUAUCAGAUGCGUGGGCAAGAUUCUGUUUACAGACCAUUCAAAAGUACUUCACCCGUUCGGUGUACAAAGCGGACGACAUAGAGGCUCGUUCCAGCAUGCAUUUGGCCUCCACUAUGGCGGGUGUGGGUAUCGGCAACGCCGGCGUCCAUCUUUGCCAUGGUCUAGCGUACCCUAUAGCGGGAAACGUUAAAAGUUUCGUCGCCAAAGACUAUGGUACGGCGCCAAUAAUACCCCACGGCCUAUCAGUAGUGGUGACUGCACCAGCAGUCUUUCGUUUCACUGCAGCCAGUGACCCGGAGAAGCAUCUGGAAGCAGCCAACCUUCUAGGAGCAGAUAUCUCCGGGAAGAAGAAAUCAGACGCAGGAGAAAUAUUGGCAGAUACUAUACUCAAGUACAUGGAAGCUUUGAAGAUUGAGAAUGGGCUGAGCCAACUUGGUUAUUCGAGUGAUGAUGUACCGAGCUUGGUUAAAGGCGCUUUGCCACAGCAACGACUUCUGCAGUUGACUCCUAUUCCCCAGUCUGAAGAGGAUUUAUCUAUGCUCCUGGAAAACUCUUUGACGGUAUAUUGACAUCAAAAAGUUAUAAAAGACUUGGUUGACCACCAAAGAAAUAAGUUUAAAGAGAUUCUUAUUUUUGUAUAUUUUAGUUAUAAGGAAUAUAAUAAAAUGAAAUUGUUAUUAUAAUAUAGCGAGAACUGUUAUUGUUUAGAAUCAAUAUAUAAAGAUUUUUGUUGGAAUUUGAUUUUAAUUUAUUAUUGCA